AUGGACCAUUCAUUGAGUUUGUCUAAAGUUCGAGGUCAAGGUUAUGAUGGAGCAAGUAAUAUGAGGGGGGAGAUAAAUGGGCUUAAAACUUUGCUCAUGAAAGAUACUCGUUCUGCUUAUUAUGUACAUUGUUUUGCUCAUCAACUCCAAUCAACUCUGGUUGUCGUUGCCAAAGAAAAUGAUGAUUGUAUUUGGCUUUUUGAGCAAUUUAGUAUGUUGUUGAAUGUUAUUGGAGUUUCUUGUAAGCGAAGAGAAAUGAUCCGAGAGAUACAAACUCAAGAAGUGCUAGAAGCAUUAGAAUUGGGUGAAAUUGAAAGUGGGCAUGGGUUAAACCAAGAGCUUGGUUUGGGAAGGCCUGGUGAGAUUACUCGUUGGGGUUCACACUAUAAAACCAUCAACAACGUCACUUCAUUGUAUUUUACAAUCAUUAAGGUCCUUGUGAAAAUUGGAGAAAAUAAGAUUUAUAAGGAGGAUCGUGUGAAAGUUAUUGCUAUUAUGUCCUCUUUUGAGUCAUUUGAGUUUGUUUUCAUGAUUCAUUUGAUGUUAGAAAUAUUUGGGCAAACCGAUAAAUUGUGUCAAGCUUUGCAAAGAGGAGACCAAGAUAUUGUUAAUGCUAUGUCAUUUGUUUCUUUGACUAAAGAAAGAUUACAAAAAUCUAAACGCUUCUUUGCCAAAGUUUCCAAUUUGCAUCGCUUUCGGGUUGAGAUGUUUUUAAGUGUCAUUGAUUUGCAACUUCAAGAGCUUAAUAAUAGGUUUGAUGAAGAAAAUAUAGAGUUGCUUAUUUGUAUGGCAUGCUUGAAUCCCGUUAAUUCAUUUGUCGCAUUUGAUACUCAAAAGUUGGUUAGACUUGCCGAAUUUUAUCCAAAAGAGUUUCCAAGUAAUGAUAUGACAAGGCUUCGACAUGAACUUGAGUUCUUUUAUGAUGAUAUGCGGAAAGAUGCAAGGUUUGAAAACUUGAAAGAUAUUAAUGAACUUUCUAUGAAGCUUGUUGAGACGGGUAAACAUACUUCUUAUCAACAAGUUUACUUACUUAAUACACCCACCAUUGACAGAUUAGUGAAUACGAUUUUUGAGGCCAAGGCCGUAGCGGCAGUGUCGAUGAUCGUGGUACUGGUAGCGACGGCAGUGGAGGCAGUGAAGACAGUGAGGAUGGCAGUGGUGGCACUGGCUGAAUUUGGCUUUGAUAAGGGUAAUAGCUAG